GACACAUUACGGGGACGGACUGACUUGACAACACAAACAGCUGAAGUGUCCCUCCGGUUCCUGCUCACGGUGACAGGCAGCGGUGGACCAUGAAUGUGAACCAGGGGACUGUGGGCAGCGACCCGGUCAUUCUGGCCACGGCUGGAUACGACCACACGGUCCGGUUCUGGCAGGCCCACAGCGGGAUCUGCACCAGGACCGUCCAGCACCAGGACUCUCAGGUAAAUUCCCUCGAGGUGACACCUGACAGGAGCAUGAUUGCAGCUGCAGGUUAUCAACACAUCCGCAUGUACGACCUGAACUCCAACAACCCCAACCCUGUGAUCAACUAUGACGGCGUCAGCAAGAACAUCACGUCUGUGGGCUUCCAUGAAGACGGACGCUGGAUGUACACGGGCGGAGAGGACUGCAUGGCUCGCAUCUGGGACCUGAGGUCCAGAAAUCUACAGUGUCAGAGGAUUUUCCAGGUCAAUGCGCCGAUCAACUGUGUGUGUCUGCAUCCCAACCAGGCAGAGCUGAUUGUUGGGGACCAGAGUGGAGUGAUUCACAUCUGGGAUCUGAAAACCGACCACAACGAACAGCUGAUUCCUGAGCCGGAGGUCUCGGUCAACUCAGUUCACAUCGAUCCAGAUGCCAGUUACAUGGCAGCCGUCAACAGCUCGGGGAACUGUUAUGUGUGGAACCUGGCUGGAGGCAUCGGAGACGAGGUGACUCAGCUCAUCCCCAAGACCAAGAUCCCUGCACACAAACGCUACUCGCUACGCUGCAAGUUCAGCCCCGACUCCACCCUGUUGGCCACCUGCUCAGCCGACCAGACCUGUAAGAUCUGGAGGACGUCCAACUUCUCCCUGAUGACGGAGCUGAGCAUCAAGAGCAACAACCCCGGAGAGACGUCCAGAGGCUGGAUGUGGGACUGUGCUUUCUCUGGAGACUCCCAGUACAUCGUCACUGCCUCCUCAGACAAUCUGGCUCGUCUGUGGUGCGUGGAGACCGGCGAGAUCAAGAGGGAGUACAGCGGCCACCAGAAGGCCGUGGUGUGUCUGGCCUUCAAUGACAGCGUGCUGGGCUGAUGAGGAGGAGGAGGAGGAAAGAGAGGAAGAGACAGACACUUUGUGCAAAGGUGGGACAAGGACACAAAAGCAAUGGACUCUUCGGGAGAUUCACUUCUAUCAGGAAUUAUUGAUGAUGAAGUGAUCAUCCUGAAAAGGUGAAGGCUGAACUUUACAGUGUAUGUCAGCUGUGUCUUCUCUCCCCCGCCUGGUACCUGUAAGUAUUCAGCACCGCAGCAGCAAGGCCAAAACUCGGGGUCAAAAUCCAGCUCAGAGGGCCAACUCUAAACAUUUUCCACCAAAAAUAAGCAUUCAUAUGGGAAAACAGAAGAAAAUUGGUCUGAGUCAAGCGUUUAGCAUCCAGAAAUGACCCAAGAUUCUUUCAACUCUCUGUUUUUAUUGCGCAACAUAUUUAUUAUCAAAAGGACCAUGUUCAACUUGGUUGAGUUGCGGAAUUGGGUUUUUUUUCAUCCGUGCUAUGUAUAAUUAAUUUGAUAGUCUUGUUUAAUCUUCACAUGUGGAUCAGGAAGUGUCAAGAAAAUGAUUCUGCAGUAAAAACGUUGUUCACAGAA